AUAUUUACAAUCCAAACCCAGCCCCCCUCUCUCUCUAUCUCUCUCCGUCUGACCCUACCUAUCUUUCUGUGAUUGGGAGAAUUGCGACGGCGAUCGGACGUCUUCAAUCGGCGGAGUUCCGGUGACGGAGUUCCAGGGCUUUCCGGCGAGGUAAGAUUUUCGUGAAAUCUUCCUUUGCCCUUUCAAUUGAACGGUGUCGUAUUUGGGUUCCGUGAGAUUAAAGUAGAAGCAUUUAGGAUAUUUUGGUUCAGAUCUGGUGUGCUUUGAUUAGGGGAUUUUUGCUGUGACAGAAUUAAGGAUUCUGUAUCGGAUUUUGCUGAAUUUGGGAUGAAUUGAAGGGCGGGGUUUUGGAAUUAGGGGUUUUUUUUUUUUUUUUUUUUUUUUUUUUGUUUCGGGAGGUUGAUGUAGAUGGACGAAGGUGUGAGAUCUGUUGGCCCUUCUGGGGUUUUGGUGAAGAAAAAUUCUUCAGGUUGCUUAAUUGUUAGGAAGAAACCGGAGAAAUUGAGUGGCGCUGUUGGUCCUUCGAGUGCUCGUAAGGUUUUCGAGCCGAAAGAGAAGAAGAGGUCGAGGUUGGUAUUGAGCGAAUCGGGGUCUAGUGAUGAGAUAUUGGCUCCUCCUCGUAGAAAGGUUGGACCUGAAACUAUACGGGUUUGCAAUAGUUUAAGAGCUGUAGAUAAGGGCAUUGCUGAAAAUAGUGAGUUUGGUCAAAAGCGGGAGAGAUUGGAUCCGGUUAGGCGUAGUGAGGAUGGCAUGCUUGGUAAAAGUUAUUUGGAUGAGAGUGGUGGAAAGAGAAGUAAGUUGGAGGUGUAUGAAUUUGAUGAGUAUGAUGAGGAGAUUUCAAGAAGGAAACGGUUCAGUGAUGGGGUAGGUGAGUUUGGGGGAAGAAGGUUUUCAGGAGCGAUUCCUGUGCCACUAAGUGGCAUUAAGAGGGAAUGCGAAACUGGUUCAAGUAGACAUGUAGUUGACAAGAGGAAGAAUUCGUACUUUGACAGGAUGAGUAGCUUGAACCGAGGAGGUCAUACUGACAGGGGAAGGUUUGAGAUGAAUAGGGAUGGAGCUCAGCUACCCUUAUUGAGAGACAAGUUCACGGGUCAAUCAGAGGAAUCCAUUAGGCUACAGGGUAAAAAUGGUGUUUUGAAGGUCAUGGUGAAGAAGAAAAAGAAUGCGGGUGGGCCACUGGAGAAUUUUCGCAAAUCUGAAGAAAAUAGAAAGGCUCUGAGGAGUGUAAAUAUUGUGAAAAAUGCUAUUAUCCCUCCUUUUUACUCGGAACCAAAGCUUCCUGAGAAACCAGUUUCAGUUGUUAGGCCAUUGAAAAACCAUCCGAAUGUACGAAAAUCAUUGCCGUCUUUGAACAGUAAGGGCUCCGAUUGGGAUUCAGAGGAUAGUGAUACAUCACUGAAACAAGGACCAAAGAGUGUCGAAGCCUCUAAACCUAGGAAGAGGGUGGUUUGCAAAGAUGAAGGUGGUCCUUCAUGUGAAAAGACUCCUCCAACCAGAAUCAAAGAAGGUAAAAUUAAACGUGGUAGUGGCACGGAGAAGCAAAAACUACGUGAACGAAUACGGGAGAUGCUGCUGAGUGCAGGUUGGACAAUAGAUUAUAGGCCUAGAAGGAACAGAGACUAUCUAGAUGCUGUGUACAUUAACCCAGCAGGUACAGCUUACUGGUCCAUCAUUAAGGCUUAUGAUGCGCUUCAAAAGCAGUUGGAUGAGGAGGAAAAUGAGGCUAAACCUAGUGGGGCUUUGCCUAUAACUGAUGAUGUACUUAGCCAAUUAACAAGGAAAACUCGAAAGAGGAUUGAGAACGAAAUGAAAAGGAAACAAAGGGUUGAUGAUGAGGAUGAGAAUGCAAGAGGAGUCCGUAUGAAAAGAUCUACAAGUAUCAAGCGUGAUCAAGGGAGCAUGGAUAGUGUUAGUUAUGAGGAUAAACUAAGCACCUACUUAAAGCAUGGUGGUAAGACGUUUAAGAGUGAAAAUGGUUUGGCCAGUGUGAACUCAAAUCAACUACAUGAAGGUAUUGAAAAGCCGUCUUCAGGAUCCAGUUCGCAUAUGCCACAUGGAAGGAAAAGUAGAAAGCUUGGAAGGUGUACUUUGUUGGUUCGUGGUUCAAAAUAUGGGGUUAACUCCGAAAGUGAUGGCUUUGUUCCAUAUACUGGGAAACGGACUUUGCUUUCCUGGCUGGUUGACUCUGGAACUGUGCAGUUGAGCCAAAAGGUGCAGUAUAUGAAUCGCCGAAGGACUAAAGUAAUGCUGGAGGGAUGGAUUACAAGAGAUGGCAUUCACUGUGGUUGCUGUAGUAAAAUCCUCACAACUUCAAAAUUUGAGAUUCACGCAGGAAGCAAGUUGCGCCAGCCAUUUCAAAAUAUAUGUUUGGACUCGGGCGUUUCCCUUCUGCAGUGUCAGUUAGAUGCAUGGAAUAGACAAAAGGAUAUUGAACGCAUUGGUUUCCACUCUGUAGAAGUCGAUGGUGACGAUCCAGAUGAUGAUACUUGUGGCAUCUGUGGGGAUGGCGGGGAUUUGAUCUGUUGCGAUGGCUGUCCAUCAACAUUUCAUCAGAGCUGCUUGAAUAUACAGAUGCUUCCUCCUGGUGAUUGGCACUGUCCAAAUUGUACAUGCAAGUUUUGUGGGGUAGCAAAUGCGAAUGUUGUGGAAGAGGAUGAUAUAACUGUUGAUGCACUGCUCACUUGCAGCCUCUGUGGGAAAAAAUGUCACAUAUCAUGCUGUCAGGAGAUGGAUGGUAGUCCUGCUGCUUCUCCUAGUUUAGGCUCUUCCUUCUGUGGGCAGAAAUGCAGAGAGCUCUUUGAGAAUUUGAAGAAGUAUCUUGGGGUUAAACAUGAACUAGAAUCAGGAUUUUCAUGGACACUCGUUCAUAGAACUGAUGAAGAUGAAGGGUUCCCUCAAAGGAUCGAAUGCAAUUCUAAGCUAGCUGUUGCUUUGACUGUUAUGGAUGAAUGCUUUUUGCCUAUUGUUGACAGGAGGAGCGGCAUCAAUUUAAUUCAUAAUGUUCUUUAUAAUUGUGGAUCAAACUUCAAUCGACUGAACUACAGUGGCUUCUACACCGCUAUUUUAGAGAGAGGCGAUGAAAUAAUUUCUGCUGCAUCAAUCAGGUUUCAUGGUACAAAGUUAGCAGAGAUGCCAUACAUCGGAACUCGCCACAUAUAUAGGCGACAAGGGAUGUGCCGUCGGCUUUUUUGUGCCAUUGAAUCGGCUCUAUGUUCUCUCAAGGUUGAGAAAUUGGUUAUCCCUGCAAUUGCUGAACUCAUGCAUACAUGGACAGAAGUUUUUGGUUUUAUUCCUGUUGAGGAAUCAUUCAAGCAAGAAAUGAGGUCAAUGAAUAUGCUUGUAUUCCCUGGUAUAGACAUGCUACAGAAGUUGCUAGUGGAUCAAGAAAAUGAGGGGAACGGGACAGCAGACCUAGGCAUAAAGCAAUUAGAAUGCAAAGGCAAGGAUUUAAUAAAGCAUGGGAGCGGAAGCAAAUCAGAUAGUGGUUCACCUGCUACUAUUGAUCAUCAUGGAUCUGAUGAAACCAGUUUUCCUCAUAUUAAUGAAACAGUUGAUGAAGCUGCUGCUAUGGUUUCUGGUUCUCGAUGUCUCAGUGUCUCCUUAAAUGAUAGUCCUGUGAUGAGUGGUUCUUUAGAUGGUUCUGAUGAACAUAAAAAUUUAGAUUCCACUGAGAGGAGUGUAUCUUCCGACUCUCUUUUGGGGGCCGAAUUACCUCGAUCUACUUUGAACAAGGAAUACCCUGUUGAUACAAGCCACAAGGCUGUUGCAACAGAAGAUAAGCCAGUGCUGGAUUCUCCUGGUGAAAAUAAAAUUCAGUCUACCUCUCAGGGUCCUGGUGAGGCUCCAGCGAUAGAAGAUGAGCCAGCGCUGGAUUCUCAUGUUAAAGAUAAAAUGCAGUCUACCUGCCAGGGUCCUGGUGAGGCUUCAGUGAUAGAAGAUGAGCCAGCGCUGGAUUCUCCUGUUGAAGAUAAAAUGCAGUCUGCCUCUCAGGGUCCUGGUGAGGCUCUAGCAACAGAAGAUGAGCAGGUGCUGGAUUCUCCUGAUAAAGAUAAAAUGCAGUCUAUCUCUCAGGGAACUGGUGAGGCUCUAGCGACGGAAGAUGAGCCAGUGCUGGAUUCUCCUCUUGAAGAUAAAAUGCAGUCUACCUCUCAGGGUCCUGGUGAGGUUCUAGCAGCAGAAGAUGAGCCAGUGCUGGAUUCUCCUGUUGAAGAUAAAAUGCAGUUUACCUCUCAAGAUGCUGCUGUUUCUUUGAAUGACACUUCCAUGAUGAGUAGUAGGUCGUCGGAUAAUUCGAAUGAACGUAACAUCCAGGUUUCAACCAAGGGGGCCACAUCUUCGGACUCCGGUCCAGGUACCAAGUCAGUGGAGUAUGCUUCUGAUGUCAACUACCAGUCUUGCCCUUACAUAAGCCAUGAUGAAAAGGUGGAAAUAGAACCAGUUUCAGAUUCUUCUCUGAAAGAGAAUUCUUCAAAAUCUUUGGAAGAAAGUGCUUUGGAUGAUUCCCAUGAAGAGAAUGUUGAUGCUUCCUGUCCUCAGCCUAUUCCUUGUUCAGGAGAAACUUUCGCCAAGAACCAUGCUGAGGAGGUUAAUGGAAAUCAAGACUCCAGUUUCUGUGGUGCUAAUGAGAGUUCCUUGCUCAACAAUUGUGAUUUAAAUAUUCAACUUGAUAGCAAGGCUAAAGACGAAUCAUAUGUGGCUUUAGAAGUCGCGUCUGAUGCAAUGCAGUGUGAAAAUAGCAUUCCUCAUGCAUCUAGUGAUGGUUCCAAGGCUGAUUCUGGGAAAGCUGAAUCUGGUUCUGUUUGAUAUAUCUACGAAAUCUUUACUGAGUUCAGUAUGGCGAUCCACAAAUAUCUCUCAAUGCGGGAACCUCUCAUUUCUUCACAAUUCUGCAGGGCAUUGGAGGUAUGGGCAAUGCCUGACUCAGAUCCUAAUUGAUUACAACUACAAGGAAUUUGAAACCCUUUGCCUUGUUUUAGUAUGGUUUUAAGGUUAUAGUUCAAAUUAAGUGGACUUGAAGAUUAUUUUUUAUCCUUGGAAGUUUCAAGAUGUGCGAUGUUGCAUCUAGGACGGUGUCAUGUACUAUUAAGUCAAAAUGGAUGGUACUGCUGUCGAACGCCACAUUGAAUGUCUUGUAAUAUACCGAUGCUGCUUCAUUGUGUGCGCCUCUGGAUCUGCUUGAUGAGAGAGGUUUGGGCUUUCUCCGAUGUCAGCUCAUGACAUGGCGUAGGUGGUUUCAGAAGAUUAUUCAGCGGAUUCUGUCACGUCAUUUUAAGCUUUGUUCCCAGUGCCGCUGCAGCAGACGACACACCUCAGCUGCAGUUUUGAUUGCCCACCUGUUUGGAAGCAUCGAGUUUAUGUAUUGUCAGCUUCUUAGCUUAGAUGAGCUUCUCAUUCAAAAUUUGAAUGAAGAGGAGAAAGGUGAUCUGCUAUCGAACAGAGUUGUUCCCGUGCAUUUGAUGACGAGUUUCCAUAAAAUGUCUGAAGCACUCAUUGGAUCUGUAGAUUUAUUGGACGGAGUAUUCGCAUUGCUCGUAGGUUCAUAGGAGCACUUAUUUCUGUGCAUACAGGGUUGUUUCUUUUUUACUUUAAACUGUUCAAGUUUUGUUCAUUUAGCUACUCUUGUCAAGGCAGUGAUAAUUGUUGUUGUCAAACUAAGUCAUUCAUGUUAUAUUGUUACCUCAAACUACCUGCUUUAGUUAGGCAUGUUGUGGAAUUAUUAUAUGAGUUGUCCUUUUAUCA